AUGGUGAAUAAAGCUACAAGACAUGCUAAAUACACAGGAACAUAUGCUUUGUCGCAUUCACUUCAACCUUUCUUAGUCGCUUUUGCAGCCUCUUUCCCCUGGGACCUGGCCAUGGCCCGCGUUUGCAUUCGCCGCGGUGGCGAUGCUGGUUCUGCUUCCCCUGCUGCAGGCCCCGUUGAUGCUAAUGACCGUACUGAGCGUGUCAAUCGUUUUGGUGCUGCUGAGCGUUUUGGUGCUGCUGAGCUUUUUGGUGCUGCUGAGCUUCUCGGUGCUGCUGAGCUUUUUGGUGCUGCUGAGCUUCUCGGUGCUGCUGAGCUUCUCGGUGCUGCUGAGCUUCUCGGUGCUGCUGAGCUUCUCGGUGCUGCUGAGCUUCUCGGUGCUGCUGAGCUUCUCGGUGCUGCUGAGCUUUUUGGUGCUGCUGAGCUUCUCGGUGCUGCUGAGCUUCUCGGUGCUGCUGAGCUUUUCGGUGCUGCCGAUCGUUUCGGUGCUGCUGCGCGUGCUGGUGCUGCUUCCUCUGCUGCAGCUCCUGCUGAUGCUGGUGGCCGUGCUGCGCGUGCUGAGCGCGCUGAGCGUCUUGGUGAUGCUGAGCGUGCUGGUGGUUCCAUAUUCUCCGGUUCUGUAACCCUCUUCCUCUUCGUCCCUUUCGCUUUUCCCUUCUUCGCUGGUUCUACUUGUGCUGGCGCCGUCUUGGGUAGCGGAGGCGGAGCCCUAGGUAUCUGCUCAAGUUGA